AGUUCAGUGUGGCAGGAAAGUCCCCAAAAUGAGUUGCUCCAAAUGCUCAACUCCGGCUGACCAGGCUCCGGACAAGCAGAACUGCCAGUUCAAUGUGGAGGGAAAGGUAUUUGAAUCCAUUGGAUAAAUCAGAGCAAGAAUGGUCAAGGAAAUUUACAUUUAACAUUGCAAAUGAUUUGUAUUUAAGGCAAACAUGUUAAAAAUAAAGGUUUUAAAUAUUAAUUUGCCUAGAUAAUUGUAAUGUGGAGGGAGAAAGAUACAGAAUGAAGAAGAGAGCAAAGAGAAGUAGUAGCUAGAGAACACUGGUCCACUUUUAUACCGAGACCAUCAUCUGUACAACCCGACCACGGACCCUUUCUCAUCAACAUUGAGUAUAUCACUCCCAGGUUUUGGUGGGAAAAAUGUUCAGCUCUAAUAAAAGAUUUUAGAAUACAAGUCAUUGCGGGUCGCUGAUUCCAAAUGCCACUGGAUUUUGUCCUCAGCAUGAAUGCUUAACCCUCAUCCUACCAGCUUAUUUAACAUUCAAGGCCUACCUUGUAUGUUAAAUUGAAUACAGACAAUAAUACUUACCACUGUAAUAAACCAUCAAAGCAGAAUUUUUUCUUCUUAAAACAUUACCGAUAUGUAAUUAAAGUAAUCUGAAAAAGAAUGACUGAUUAUUAUAUUAUUUUAGGAAAGUCACUGUGGUUUUAAACGAAAAUCUAUAGCCUACUUUUCUUUAAUACAAAUUACAGCUUUUAUACCAAGUACAUUCCACAUCGAUACUUAAAAGCUUAAUCAUCAUUAUUUGAUUCUGGUAUAAUUUAGUUUUCAGUAAUUUCAAGUAAACAUUAUUUGUGUAAGUAUGACUAAAUGUAAAAUGACUAAAUGUAUAUUUAUGGUGAAACCAACCAGAGUCGUUUUGACCCCAAUAUAAAAUAAACCCAUAGACAUUGUCUUUCAAUAUAAAGUAGCCUAGCCCAGAUAGAGACAUUGGUCUCAGUAUGACCCCCUGUCAAAAUAACGUUUAAAAUAAUGUUGAAUAAAUGUAAUUCAAAUUUAGAUUUUUAUUUGUACACAAUGUAAAAUGAAUGGUGUUUACAUUGAACACCACACCCUAUACAGCCAGCACACGAUUUGGCUCAUGCUAUGAUCAGGUGUAGAGCUCGUUUACGUCUAGGUGUAGGGAGCCAUAACGUAAACCGCAAACACCGAAUUUAAAAGAAUAGGCUACAUGUUUAUUUUACAAAAACACUACAGAGAACAAUGGAAAUACGAACGGUGCCAAAGAAAAGUAGGACUAAUUUAUCAAAAGAAGCCCUAACCACGUAACCAAAAACAACCCUAAACUAAAAUACACGUAGCACUCGUUCCUAACCUGAAGUGUAACAUAGAUGUUAACGUAAUGGCACUCAUGGGCAGCUUACCUAUACCCUCGUCACUUGGUGAUGAACCAAACGAAACAAAAAUCACUAUACCGAGUAAAGCCGAGUAAAACAACAACAAAGAAUACAUGUAAAUAUAAGAACAGAAGCACUGGGAAAACACGAAAACAAAAACGAAAGUUUCCGUUCAAGCAGAACAGCCGACGGUAGAACAGAUCAAACACGGUUUACAAGUCGACUAACGAACGGAACACAGGUGAAGCCUGAAAGGGAGACGGACAGACAUCUGAUUGGACAAGGACAUGCUCGCUGUGAUAACGAUUGAGGUUUGACAAGCCAAUCAGAGAGACAUUUGAAAAACGAAUGAGACGGGUGGAAACAAGAGGGAGACAAAACCACAACACACAACAAAAAGGACACCGGACACAGAUAGUACAGAUAUACAAAUCAGGUAUAUCAGAUAUAACAUCAGGGCAUGGCGUGACAGGAGCAAAACAUUUGCUACCUUCCUGUCUUUGUUUCCGAGAAAAAGCUACACCUUUUUCAAAUUGAUUUUCGGUCGAAGCAGAACAAAUUUUCCGAGCUCCCGUGACGGCAAUGGCGGAGCCAGGGGGUGGCCGGGGGUGGCCACGGCCACCCCCCGUAGAAUCUCGGCCACCCCAUUGGCCACCCCAAGCACCACAUCAGAGCGGUUAAAAGUUUUGACGGCUGUGGAAAAAUGCGGAACCUUUCUCGCACCGCUAGUACACUGUCGGACCCUUUAGCCACGCGCAGCGCGCACACAUCCUGUAUUUGAAUUAAACGGCUCAAGCAUGGCCUGAGAAUGCCUGUUACCACCUGACGCUUCGACCGGCACCUGCGGCUAAGUGAAGAAACGCAAAACAGAAAGGUAUGAUAUCAUAAUGGAUGUUGUUUUUGUCUUCUAAUAACUGUGACUAUCCCACCCAUGACUAUCUAUUUUGCGAAGUUUAGAAGCAAGCUAGAUCGGAGGAGAACAUAGUAAACUGUUAAAAUUGCUAUAUGCUAUGCUGUAUUUGAUAACUACGUUGCCAGAACGUGUUAUGAUUGUGUCAGGUAUAUACAGUAUGCAUUUUGGAUAGGUGUCAUUAAAGAGGGAAAAAUAAUGAAGAGGAAGAAGGCAGACAUAGCGUCCUUCUUCAGGGCAAGUGGAAAGAAGACAGCUAAGGCAAAGAAUGAGGAUGAGAUGGAGAAAAAACAGGCAGAGAGUGAGGAUGAGGAGCCCCCAGAGAGCAGCAACUUAAAUGGACCUCCAGGUAUACAGUAUAGAGACUCACAUAUAGUACAGCUUGAUAUGAUGUUAUCUUAUUUACAAUUGGCUUAAAGUGUGUCUAUUCAUAUACAGGUCAGGUUGAAAGUGCAAGUAUGAAUACAGAAUAAGUGUAUUCUUUUUUUUCACCUGAAUUCCGAAUAAUGUUGAGAUGUUUCCUAUAUGUGUCUAAAAUAGCUCUGCAUCGCCUGGUGAGACACAUGCUUGCCACCCAAAAAUUAUCACUGGCCCCAUCCUGGCCACCCCAAUGGAAAUUCCCUGGCUCCGCCACUGCGUGACGGUCCGCUUGGAUCGGGGCUUGGAGCAUGGCAGUAUCCGCUCUCCUCUUCAUAUGUGGCAUGACGGAUGCCCAGCUGUCUCAGUAGAUUCGGCGACGUCAGCCAUGUUCAGGAAACUUCCAAUCUGGGAAGUUCCCCAUCCAGAUGAUGACGGCAUCAACAUCCUGGACUUUGUCGUCCGUGUUCAACGAUCCCAUACAUGAGGAUGUGGAAAUGCACCCUUUGCUGGUCCGCAUCAUUGACACACCCCAGUUCCAGAGACUUCGCUUCAUCAAGCAGCUUGGAGGGGCCUGCUUCGUCUAUCCUGGGGCGACCCACAACCGCUUUGAGCACUCCAUAGGAGUGAGUCACCUGGCAGGGAAACUGGUCAAGGAGCUGAAAGAGCGGCAGCCAGAACUUCAAAUCACUUGCAGAGACUUCCUCUGUGUGCAGAUCGCUGGCCUCUGCCACGACCUGGGACAUGGCCCUUUCUCCCAUUUGUUUGAUAAGAUGUUUAUCCCCAAAGUCUCUAGAGGAAGGACAUGGAAGCACGAGGAUGCGUCCGUGGCCAUGUUUGACCACCUUGUCGACCAAAAUGAAUUGAAGAUGGAGCAGCAUGGUCUGGUUCUGCCUGAAGACCUGGACUUCAUCAAGGAACAAAUUGCUGGACCGAAUGACAGAAUCAUUCAGGAGGUAUCAGUGACAGUAUGGCCUUACAAAGGCAGACCAGUGGAGAAGUCCUUCCUGUACGAAAUCAUAGCCAACAAGAGAAACGGUGUUGAUGUUGAUAAAUGGGACUACUUUGCCAGGGACUCUUACUACCUAGGUCUUCAGAGUAACUUUGACCAUGACCGCUAUAUCAACUUUGCCCGAGUCUGUGAUGUGGAUGGGGAGUAUCAGAUCUGUACCAGAGACAAGGAAGUGGACAACCUGUAUGACAUGUUCCACACCAGAUUCAGCCUCCACAGACGAGCCUACCAGCACAGAGUGGUCAAUCUCAUUGAGCUCAUGAUCGCAGACGCCCUUGUCAAAGCAAAUGAACACAUCAAGAUUGAAGGCUCUGGGGGGAAAAUGUUCAGAAUGUCAGACACCAUAGAUGACAUGGAGGCCUACACUAAACUCACAGACCAUGUGUUUGAGCAGAUCCUCUACUCCUCCUCUCCUGAGCUGACUGAGGCAAGAGAGAUUCUAGAGAACAUCACCCACCGACAUCUCUACAAGUUUGUUGUCGACUCUCGAAGGGAGAUCUCGCAGGACCAGUUCGAGGACUGGGCACGUGACGUGGCAAGAAGCUGGAACCUGGAUGCAAAGGACUUUGUACGCAGUGUCAUCAGAAUGGACUAUGGGAUGAAGGAGGACGACCCAAUUGACCAAAUGCGCUUCUACAGUAAGAAGGACCCAACCAAAGCUUUCAAAAUCUCCGAUGACCAGGUGUUAUACCUCAAGCCCAAGAGCUUUUCACAGCAACAGAUCAGGAUCUACUAUAAGAAGGAGAUUGAUGAACAGACUAUGGAUGCCAUUAAGGGCAACUGGUGCAGCAACUUCCCCAAACCACAGGAUGAGAUAAUGGCCAAUAGGCCCAGGUGUGGCUUACUGAGUGCAAAACUGCACAUUAGUUCUUGGGAUCCUGAUUUCUUUUCACAUUUGUUUGUUUUUUCUGUACCUGUCUUUUAAUCUGGAACAUGAAAACAGAAUAAAAUGUACAAAAUACAUUUUUGAUUAUCAA